CAUCUGGAGGGUUAAGGCAAGUUCAGGCGAGGCUGAGCACCCCGCUCGCUCGUCACUCCCGAGAAAAGAUUACAUUGAAAUCUAUUGGCACCAGGUUGAGUUCAGUGGGAGUCUGACAGCUGCUGGGAAGAGUUGAAGUCUGAACGUUUGAUGCCAAGAGAAUCGGAGUCUAUUUUUGAACUCCACUUCCACAUCCUGAAGGAAUGGUUAUCAAAGGCAAAGAGAGGCGAUGAACAAUACCCCAGGCAGCCAAUGCAGAGAACAGGACCCUACUUUAUUUAUAUCAUUCAAAUGACUGGGAUUUCUUACAAAAUGGCUUGAAAGGAGACGGUCUGUUUGUAGAAGAUGAAUGAUGGCAUGGAUUUAGGCAGCGACCCCUGCAGCAGCCGCUCCAGCUCGGAGUCCAGCUCCAGCAAAGCCACCCCUUGCUCGGAAUGCAAAUCCUCCCCGUCGCCCACCAGCCUGGACUUGGCUGCCUUGGAGGACUCGGAGGAAGAGGAGGAGGAGGAGGAAGAGGAGGAGGAGAGGGGUUUCCAGCUGUACGAGAGGAAGGUGAUUGAUGUGUGGGAGGCUGAAGGGGACUAUGCCCGCUGCUAUGCCCAGCUCCCCCCUGCCAGGAGGAGUUUAGCGCAGGAGCUGGAGGAGGUGAGGAGCCCUGGCCUCGCCGCCCCCACCAUGCCGCCCCCGGCCCCCAACGGCAACCCCCCUGCCCAUCACCGCCGCCGCCACCCCCUGGAUCCUCGGCACAAUGCCAACGUGGUGCCCUCCGGGCGCAGGACUGGACACAGAGGGGGCAGGGACUCCGGCAAAGCCCCCCACCGCCAGAAAGCCCCGCCGGGGAGCGGCGUGGGCAGGCUGGGCAACGGGGGGCCGCCGCUGGCUGCCUUUCACCCUUGGGAGCACUCCACGGGAGGGACGGCUUUGAAAGAGCAGGAGGCUCAGGUGCCCACCAUGGACUGGGAGGCGUUGGAGAAACACCUGGCAGGGCUGCAGUUCCAGGAGCAGGAGAUCCGGAACCAGAGCCAGAGAAGCAACUACACCUCAGCUCAAAAAAAUGAGAGGGAGUCUAUCAGGCAAAAGCUGGCGCUUGGAAGUUUCUUUGACGAUGGCCCAGGAAUUUAUACCAGCUGUAGUAAAAGUGGCAAGCCAAGCCUUUCUUCUCGGUUACAAAGUGGGAUGAAUUUGCAGAUUUGUUUUGUAAAUGACAGUGGCAGCGAUAAAGACAGUGAUGCCGACGACAGCAAGACUGAAACAAGCCUGGAUACUCCUUUGUCCCCCAUGAGCAAGCAGAGCUCUUCCUAUUCUGACAGAGACACUACUGAAGAGGAGUCGGAGUCCCUAGAUGACAUGGAUUUUCUUACAAGACAAAAGAAACUUCAAGCUGAAGCCAAAAUGGCCUUGGCGAUGGCAAAACCAAUGGCCAAAAUGCAAGUUGAGGUGGAAAAGCAAAACAGGAAAAAAUCUCCAGUAGCUGAUCUUCUGCCACAUAUGCCUCAUAUAAGUGAAUGCUUGAUGAAAAGAAGCUUAAAACCCACAGACCUGAGAGAUAUGACGAUUGGGCAGCUGCAAGUGAUAGUCAAUGAUCUACAUUCACAGAUAGAAAGCUUGAAUGAAGAACUUGUGCAACUGCUGCUUAUUCGAGAUGAAUUGCACACGGAACAGGAUGCCAUGCUGGUAGACAUUGAAGACUUGACCAGUGCGGCCCCCUAUCAAUACCAUGGUAAUUUAGCACCAUUGCUGCAGACAAGACAUGCUGAGAGCCAGCAGAAGCACAUGGCAGAGAAAAUGCCGGCAAAAUAAAACAAGAAGCCAUCAAACUAGAGAAAGAGCUAGAACUUUUUUUUGCUUCUGUGGUUGUACAAACGCUGACGCUCCAUGGGCAGUGCGCAAGAAAUCAAUGUUAGUCAUUGAUUCCGGGCACAAUCUGCUACACACCAGGAACCCCGCACGAGCCCCCCUCAAAAUUAUCGGUGGAUGCGCAGUGACCAGUGCUUGGUGAAUCGCUCCCAAUGUCUGAAGCUUUAUGUCCGGUGGUUGGCCUACAUGCUUUUUAAUUUAUUUGCUUUUUUUUUUUACUCGUGCCACUAAAUAUUGGACAGUUCAAUAAUCUUAUUGUAGAACAAAAUGUACAGUACUUAUAAACAUUGCAAACCAUGGCAGAAGAAGAGAGGGUAGUUUAACUUUUAAUUUUUGUUUAUUUUAGAGAUUUUUAAGUUAAACGGUAUUUUACCAUUGACUACUACUUAUUGUUUCACCGUAGUUUUAAAACAAACGAAAUCGUAAUUUGACGGUGCUAUACAAGUUGAAGAAAAACAUACAUGCCUGCCUCGUAGUGAAGUUGUAGCUUUCAGUAAUAUGUAUAUUUUAAUCAGUUUUCAACAUUUUGUGAAUGUUGACUACCUGGCAUUCAUUUUUAGAUGUGCUAUUAACAUGCGGUUGGGUUGAAAAGAGUUACCUUGAAAGUUUUAUGUAUAAAUAUGUAAAAUAAAAAUUAAAAAUUUCUUUCA